AUGUCCAAUCGCGAAUUCCGCAUCGUCAUUGUCGGGGGCGGAAUUGCAGGCCUAUCGGCAGCAGUUGCACUGCGUGCUGAGAAUCGAGACAUCAAAGUGCUUGAGAAGUCGGCCCAGCUCAAAGAAAUCGGUGCUGGUAUCUCGUUGCAACCAAAUGCUUCAAAACAAGAUCUGCAAGACAUUUUGAAAGAGGCAGCCAUUGAUCCGAAGCGGCCUGGUAGGCCGGUCAGUAUAUUGACUUCCAAGAAUGUCUGCUAUUGCAAUACCGCAGAGGGAAUAGUGACUACUGAAGAUGGGUCCAUCUUUGAGGCAGAUCUAGUUAUUGGCGCGGAUGGGAUAAAGAGUCGAAUCCGAGAAUUUAUUUGUGGCGACAAAAUAGACGCUAUGCCGACAGGAAUUUCCGCUUAUCGCUUUCUUAUUCCAAUGGAGAAAAUUGAGGCCGAAACUGAGUUUACUCGGCACAUCAAUCCUCGCGACGAGUUUACCACGAUGGUGCUAUGCCAUGACCGUCGCUUGGUCAUGGGUCCUAUUCGACAUGGCGAGUCAUUUUCAGUGGUCGCUCUCGUUCCUGAUGAAAAAAUGCACGAAGAUUCUUCUCACACAAACUGGACUUCAUCUGGAAGCAUUACGAGUUUCCUAGACAGCUUCUCCGUUCUGCCAACAUGGCUUCUUAAGCCUUUCCAAAAUAUCACGUCGCUGGGUCUUUGGCAGCUGCGUGAUUUAGAUCCACUGGAUACAUGGUUUAAGGACCAUGCUAUUGUGAUCGGUGAUGCUGCGCACGCUAUGCUUCCUACCCAAGGACAAGGAGCAAGCCAAGCCGUGGAAGAUGCAGAGGCAUUAGCAGCGUUUUUCGAAGACAUAGAAAGUCGCCCUUCCGCAGAGGAUGUUCAAGCACGGCUAGCUAAAGUCUUCGAAGCACGCUAUGAGCGUGCUACACUGAUCCAGAAGUAUUCCCGUCAGCAAGGAAAGCCAGCAACCGAGAAGAAUAGUAUUGAGAUUCAGAUGAAACCCGAGGAAUUCGCCGAAUUCAAUUAUUCCUACCAGGGGGCUAAACAGUGGCUGGAAAAUGCGCAAUUGAAGCGGAUGAGAAGCGAUUGA